AGUAGCCAGUCCUAGCUCAUGGCAACAGCGACUGCCGUGUAACUACAGUAAAGUUCAGUCAGUCUGCCGGUGCCACUGCCGGGAUAAUCACCGCAGAAGAAGAAGUCAGAAAAAAGUUUGAGACGAUGACCCUGCAAGCUAUACGCUGGCAUAACCACAAGCUCCAAAUCUUAGAUCAGCUGAAACUUCCCAAGGAAACUGAGUAUAUUGAUGUCAAAAAUGUCGAGGACGGAUGGCAAGUUAUAAACAAGAUGCAGGUACGUGGAGCUCCAGCAAUAGCAAUUGUAGGCUGUCUUAGUCUUGCAGCUGAGUUAGCUGAGACUGAGUCAACGUAUACUGAAAAGGCACAACUACAGAAAGAUGUAGCAUCAAAGCUUGAGUAUUUAGUAAGUGCAAGACCAACAGCUGUGAAUAUGAAAAAAUCAGCUGAAGAGCUUACUGCUGUGAGCAAGAAUAUGUGUGAGGGUGGCAUCUCCUUACAGGAUAUGGUAAAGUCAAUAAUAUCAUGGUGUGAGAAAAUGUUAGAGGAUGAUGUCAACACAAAUAAGAACAUUGGCAAGUUUGGUUCAGAAGCCAUUAUGAGCGGUAAUGAAGGGAAUAGUGUCCAAGUUCUUACUCACUGCAACACUGGAUCACUUGCAACUGCUGGAUAUGGAACAGCUUUAGGUGUUAUCAGAGCUCUGCAUGACAAGGGUCAUCUGAGCAAAGCCUUCUGUACUGAAACUCGUCCAUACAAUCAAGGUGCAAGACUUACAGCCUAUGAACUGGUAUAUGAAAAAAUACCAUCAGUAUUGAUCUGCGAUAGUAUGGGAGCAGCCCUUAUGAAUUCUCAGAAGAUACAUGCUGUUGUAGUUGGUGCUGACAGAGUUACCAGGAAUGGCGAUACUGCAAACAAAAUUGGCACUUACCAGUUAGCAGUUUGUGCAAAGCACCACAAUGUGCCCUUCUAUGUGUGUGCUCCUACUACAUCAAUUGACCUGAGCUUAAACAAUGGGAAGGAAAUUCCAAUUGAGGAAAGACCACAUCAAGAAAUGACAGAUGUUGCAGGAACCAGAAUUGCAGCUCCUGGGAUUUCAUGCUGGAAUCCAGCCUUUGAUGUUACACCAGCUGAUUUGAUAACAGGGAUAGUAACAGAGCUUGGAGUCUUCAAGCCAUCUGAGUUAUAUCAGAAAUUACAAGAUAAUUUGAAGAAUUGUUGAGGUUCUUAUCAACAGGCAGCUAUUUUAUAUGAUAAGAAAUUGUUGAAGUCAUCGCCAUAAAGAAAAGGUGCUUAACAUUUGCUGCUUGUCUAGAAUUUUUGUCUGGGAAAUGCAUUAAUUCUUCCAAUUGAUAGGAAAGUAUCAGCAGUACAAACUUAAAUAUGUUUCUGUACAAGUAUGCAUCUGAGAAUAUUCUUAUAAAAUUCCUAUUAUAGACAACUAUUUUUCCAUGGAUAAAGUUUUUUUUUUUUUUCCACUGAAAGCAUUUGAAUAAAUGUUUGUUCAUACAA